GUUUGGUCUGCAAAUCGAAACAAAUUCAAACGGCAGUCUCUCUCUCUUCAACUGUUUUCUCUUUCUAGUCACUCUUCUUCUUCUUCUUCAAUACGAAGUCUUCAACAGUGAUAAAGCAAAAUGCCGCAUCCCGCGGAUUUGCAGAACAAUUCAGAGUUCGAUGAUUCAGAUUCAUCCUCCACCGUUGUUGCUUCAGCAUGUAAUCCCAAUUUGAAUCGUGACCUCUUCAACGAGCUCCUCCAAAUGGUCCCUCUCGUUCAAUCCAUCCUCACAGAUCGUAAACCGACUCGUUCGUUUCCUCAUCGUAGUUCCAUGAUCUAUACCAAAGCACCGCCAAAACAAAAAAAGCAGUCUAUUCCUGCCCCAAAGACAAGGGACCAUGGAGCAAAAGAACAAAACUCUGAUGCUGAAAGUUUUUCUAUGUUUUCUGGAAGAGCUUUUACAUCAGAGAAGGACAUAGAAGAGUUGGCUACCUUGAAGGAACAGAUAGGGGACCUUCAGUUGAAAUUAAAGGAGAGAGAGGAACUUGCCGAAAACUUGAGAGACCAAAUGAAUGCUGUUAAUGCAAGACUAGAUGAAAUGAAACGCCAGGUUUCAGAAAAGGACGGUUCCCUAAAGUAUAGUCAACAACAACUCUCUGAUGCAAAGAUUAAACUUGCAGAUAAGCAAGCUGCCCUUGAAAAGAUACAUUGGGAAAUGAUGACAUCCAACAAGAAAGUGGAGAAACUUCAAGAAGAGCUGGACUCUGUGCAAGUAGACAUUUCGACAUUCACGUUGCUGCUUGAAAGCUUAGCAAAUACUGACACGGCUAUGUACACCGAUGAUUAUGACACAAAGCCUUAUGUUUUCAACCACGUACCUGAAAUUGAUGAUUUGGAUGAGAUGGAAUGGCAGAAAAUGGAAGAAGCAAGAAAAGCUUACAUUGCUGCAGUUGCUUUUAGUAAAGAAAAGCGAGAUGAAGAAUCUAUUGCUGCUGCUGCUAAUGCUAGGUUACGUCUUCAAUCACUACUUUUCAAAUCCAAAACUUUCAACACAUAAUUUAACUAGUUUAGUUUUACACUCCGGGCCCUUUAGUCGCAACUCACAAAUAGUAAAGCAAUUAUCUAAUUUGGGUGGAAGAUAUUUUUUAGUCUACACGCUUGUCAGUGAACAAGAGUAUAAGUCAAUGAAUUAGAACUUGUUGAACGAGGUUUAAAUGCGUGUCCCAGAAUUGUGGCAUUCAGCAAGUUUUCUUUCAGACUGAUUCUAAGUUGGGGACUGCUGUUAGUAUUGUUGAAAUCAGAAAACUGUUACUGUAAUGACUCUGAUACCUCAGAGUGUGUGGCUUCCUAUGUCUCUGUGUGGGCGUGUAAUCAGCCUCUAGUACCCAAGUUGUCUUCUGGUUUCUUACUUUCCCUAUUUAGUUCAUAUCUUUGUUUCCACAAGCUAGAACCCUGUUCUAUUUUAUCAUCUGAAUUGUUAAUACCUGCAUUCAAAUAUUUGUAUUUGUUCGUGUAUGUUUGUUAUUUUGAAAUGUAUAAAUGCAAUAUUAACUUACACUUAAAAACUAA